GUCUAGUGCUACUGUAGUACUUUAUUGCCCGAGUGCCCUUCCCACGAGAAUGCAGUUAUUGUCAUGUACAAUAUUUUUCCUUAGGUUGCUUUAUAGCAACAACUACGCGUAUGCGAUCGUGCUGUGAUUGACUCUGUUUAAGUGUUGUGCAUUAGUGUCGUGCCGCGAACGGAGGAGAGGGUGCGCGCUCCUAUCAGGCGAGUAAUGCCGUCUACGAUGGAGGGCUCAUCGGGAGAAGGUGACCUGUUUACCGUGAAACACGAGCUCAGAAACGCCAAUCUGACGGGUCAUGUUGAACGUGUUGGCAUUGAAAACUUUGAGCUGUUGAAAGUGCUGGGAACCGGAGCGUACGGCAAGGUGUUCUUGGUACGCAAGGUGAGCGGGCACGAUUCAAGUAAACUGUAUGCCAUGAAGGUGCUGAAAAAGGCCACUAUCGUGCAGAAGGCAAAGACGACGGAGCAUACGCGAACAGAGAGACAGGUCCUUGAGCAUAUCAGGCAGUCUCCUUUCCUUGUUACACUUCACUAUGCCUUCCAGACGGAAACCAAACUGCAUCUCAUUUUAGACUAUGUGAACGGAGGUGAGCUCUUCACACACUUGGUCCAGAGGGUUCACUUCAAAGAACCAGAGGUUACAUUGUACAGCGGCGAAAUUGUGCUAGCGCUGGAGCACUUACAUAAGCUGGGAAUCGUCUACAGAGAUCUGAAACUUGAGAACAUACUUCUGGAUUCAAUUGGUCAUAUCGUGCUGACGGAUUUUGGCCUUAGUAAGGAAUUUCACGAGGUAGAGAGGACUUAUUCCAUCUGUGGCACAAUUGAGUACAUGGCCCCUGAGAUCGUAGCUGGUGGAGAGUCAGGACAUGACAAGGCAGUGGACUGGUGGAGCAUGGGGGUCCUGAUGUAUGAGCUUUUGACCGGAGGGUCUCCGUUCACUGUUGAUGGCGAUGAGAACUCUCAUUCUGACAUUGCAGAGAGAAUUAUGAAAAAGGAUCCUCCAUUCCCAAAAGACAUUGGGCCCCUGGCCAAAGACAUCAUCCAGCGACUUCUUAUUAAAGACCCAAAGAAGAGACUAGGCUUUGGGCCCUCGGGGGCCCAAAAUGUGAAAAGCCAUCCAUUUUACCAGAAAAUGAACUGGGAAGAUUUAGCCGCCAAGAAGGUUCCAGCUCCAUUCAAGCCUGUCAUUCGCGACGAGCUGGACGUUAGCAACUUUGCAGGGGAGUUUACAGAGAUGGACCCGACAUACUCCCCGGCAGCACUUCCAAACAACUGUGACCGCAUUUUUCAGGGCUAUUCCUUUAUGGCCCCCUCCAUCCUGUUUAAGAGGAAUGUAGUGAUGGAUGACACCUCUCGGCUGUGUGGAGGGUCAGAGAGGCCGGGCUCUGCUGCUGUUGCCCGUAGCGCUAUGAUGAAGGACUCUCCGUUCUACAUGAACUACGAGAUGGACCUGAGAGAGAAUGCACUGGGUGAGGGAAGCUUCUCCAUCUGCCGAAAGUGUACCCACAAGAACACCAGGCAGAACUAUGCAGUGAAGAUUGUCAGUAAAAGGAUGGAGGCACUGACACAAAAAGAGAUCGCUGCUCUUAAACUGUGUGACGGACACCCUAACAUAGUGAAGCUACAUGAGAUCUACCACGACCAGCUGCACACCUAUCUGGUUCUGGAACUGCUGCGAGGCGGAGAGCUGCUGGAGAGGAUCAGGAGAAAGCAGCACUUCAGCGAGACAGAGGCCAGCCGCAUCAUGCGCAGACUGGUGUCUGCCGUUAGCCACAUGCAUGACGUGGGCGUGGUGCACAGGGAUCUCAAACCAGAGAAUUUGCUCUUUACUGAUGACACAGAGAAUUCAGAAAUAAAAAUUAUUGACUUUGGCUUUGCGCGGCUCAAACCCCCUGACAAUCAGCUCCUGAAGACCCCCUGCUUUACACUUCAGUAUGCCGCCCCUGAGAUCCUCAACUACGAUGGUUACGAUGAGUCAUGUGACCUCUGGAGUUUAGGGGUUAUUUUGUACACCAUGCUGUCUGGCCAGGUCCCCUUUCAGUGUCAGGAGAAGAGUUUAACACACACCAGUGCAGAGGAGAUCAUGAGAAAGAUUAAAAAGGGAGACUUCUCUUUUGAAGGUGAAGCCUGGCGGAACGUCUCCAGUCAGGCAAAGGAUCUGAUACAAGAGCUGCUGACAGUGGAUCCUGACAAGAGAAUCAAAAUGUGUGGCCUUCGCUACAAUGCCUGGCUGCAAGAUGACAGUCAGCUCUCCUCCAACCCUCUUAUGACUCCUGACAUCCUGGGCUCAUCUACCGCCUCGGUGCACACCUGUGUCAAAGCCACCUUCAAUGCCUUCAAUAAGUGUAAGCGGGAGGGUUUCAGACUCCAGACGGUGGACAAGGCACCUCUUGCCAAACGCCGGAAGAUGAAGAAGACCAGCACUAGCACAGAGACCCGCAGCAGCUCCAGCGAAAGCACACACUCCUCCUCUUCCUCACAGUCUGAGGACAAGACGCUGCUGGGUGGAGAGACGGCCAUCAUCCCACAAUCCUCUGUGAGCACACCUCUCACUCUGGGCCAUGAUGACGAUAAUGAACCCCGAACUGCCUUCACCUUCACAGAGUGAGCCUGUGUGACAGACUGACUUCCCCCAGCAUCCCCUUCUGUCUCCUUCACGCUCUGGGCCUACAAAAAGUGGCACUAACUCCGUUGCUAGCAGUAGAUGCACGUUUUAAGCGCUGAAGAUGUGGCUGGAGUAAACUUCACUCUGAAGGCCACAGAACUUUGAGGAGCAUCAACACCCUCUACCAACAAGGAGGUCAGCCUCUGCAAUGUGUAGAAAAACCAGGGUCUGUGCUUCUGGGAAAAUAGUAUGAAAUACAACCAAGAAAGGAAUACUGUAUGUAUGCUAAAAUAAUUAUAUUUAAGAGGAGAUUUAUCAUUUAUAUGGACUUUUUAUGUAUUUGGUAUAGAAGAAUAUAUAACAGUAUGAUGGCUUUGUUGCGUUUGUCUCAUAUAUCUAACUUCAAUCUUUGACUUUUCCCGAAGUAGCAACAGUUGGAUAAAAGCUUCAGUCUGAGCAUUUCAUUGUUAAACCGUUGACACUUAACAAUAGUUUGUUUCAUAUUUACACAAUGUUUGAGUUUUCAGCUAAAACAUUUUUCUCAGGUUUAUUUUUGUUUUAGGCUUAACUCACUUUUAAAGAGUUGAGGUCAAAGCCACCUGUUUAAUGAGGGAACGUCAAUAUACAAAACAUUUGUUAAAGCGUUGUUCAUUCCAGUAGUCUAACGGUCUCUUUUGCUUUCGGCUAGACAUGUUGCCUUGGACUUACUCUGAUAUUAACUUUAGGCAGAGCGCAGAUAGAUGUUCAAACUAAACAUCUGCCUAACACGCUAACAUACCUUUUGCAAGACCUUUAAAUGACUGCAAGCCGCACUUAAGCUUAAUAUCAAAGCGGACUGCCUGUUUUAAGAUGUCUGUGGUUUCCUGUGUGUUGGACCGUUUUGUUUUUCCUGUCCUGUGUCAAUGACUGAUGCUUUGACACAGGCGAUGUGGUAGAGCCUGCGGUUUUAAAAACGACACGCUUGCAUGUUUUUCCUGUUUGCGUCCUCCUGCUAAUUAUGCGGUUAUCAGCGUUUGUAGUUUACUUGAUAUUACUAGCUGAUCUUUUCGGUGGCUUUCUCAGUUGAAAGGGGAUCGUUGUAUAUUUGGCCUAAAUAAACCGUAUGUUUUAUUUAACGGAAUGCUAUAAUGGUUCACUAGAUAGUAUUCGCAUCAAGGACUACAAAAAAAGGGAACUAACCUCAACAUUGCUAUGCAAAAGUUGUAAUUUUCAGAUUUUAUGUUUGUAUUCAUAUCCUUACAGAACCUUAUGCAUUACAAUAUAUUGAUGCAAAUCAGGUCAUCCAUGCAAUUACAACUGCCAUUGAGUUUGCAGCUGCAGAUAAGCUUGCAUUCCACCCCCAAGAGGAGAAAUCACAUCAGCGUGCUUUUUAAUGGGGUAGGACCUGCUCAAACACGCUUAAACUGGUGCUCGUGCCCACUCGAACCCGAGCGGAGGACAAGAGCAAUAAGAAUAGCAGGAGCUUGGCUCACUUCCACUGCGUUCGGCUUCUUCCCCAUCACUGUCCUCCUUUAAGCUCCCUCAUUACUCCAUCUUUUGUCUGGGUGUAUUAAUAGAAGCGGGGACGGAGGCGGGAGGCAGAAAGUCCUACAUUGAACUCUGCUCUGGGAGGGAGGCAUUAUUACAUGGUUUGCCGUUCGUCCUUGAAGAGUUUGUCUAAUUGUUUCCCCGGGUCGCAUGAUUAUUAAAGAGACGGAGAAACACAGAGCUGGUUUUACAGUCUGAUAUAAAGAAGUCUCUUUAUUUUUCUUGUUAGCUUUUAUAAGAUUAAAGUCCAGCCAUGUGGGUUUCUACUAAUUCCGUUUACUGUUUAUAGAAGUGGAGUGAGCAUGUCUUAAGCGUCUUAGCCCUUAAACCCAACCUUUGAUCUGAGCACUUCAUUUUCUUGCUCUGUUUUAAAUGCUUUUCAAUUUUCUGGUUUGGAUUUUGAGAAGUAACAGAGGGACCCUGCGUGCAUGUAUCUGUGAUAGCAGUUGGUGCGGACAACUUAUCUGGGUGCAAAGUUGGCUUGAUUAGGCUUUUAAGCCCCACCUUGUUUUUUAAGGGGUUUCAAUAUGAAAAGUUGAGGUUGUGCAGAGAUUUAAAUUGUGUUGCGGAUGUUGUGGAGUUUUUCUAUUGCGGAGAAUCUAGUUGAAAAUUUAAACUGUGGUCUGAAAUGUAAAGCUUUAUAUUUGAGAUUUCAGACUAAAUAGAUUUUUGUCAGAAAUCCAACUUCUUUGAUAUAAAAUUGUAAGAAUCUGACACAUACUUGACACAUUUCACUCCAAAACUGAAAGAAAAAUAUCAGGAUUUUAAAAUAAGGUUCUGUUUGAUUUAUGACAUUGUCAUGAUUAUUAAGCACAAACUCUUUUUACAUUAUUCUAAAUGAUUCUUUAAGUGGUAUAAACAAGCAUUUGCAGUUAAAAUCCUUGAACAGGUCCACAUUUAUAAUAGAUUAUAAAACUUUUCAUUUUACCCAAGUCAUACUUUGAAGCAGUAAAACUUACCGCAAACUCGAAGCUUUUAACAACACACGCCUAGCUUUAAUUUUCUUUGUUGAAGAGACUUCGGCCUUUUGAGAUGUUUGUUAAAAAAAGUGUAGGUACAUAACAUUGGGCUUCCUUCAUCCAGCAUUUACUGAUCUGACACACAUUUCUGUUUUUACACUUCUGCAUGUAAUUCUGUAUGUUACAGUGGUUAUAAAACAAGAAUCCGUUCUAAAGACUUAGCACAAACCCACUGGUUAUUUACAUUUUCCGUCUAUAUCACUGUGACAUCUGUUUAAGUCAUGACACAAAUGGACAGCAUAGAAAUGGACUUUGUAUCAUGCAACCGCAAAAAUGAGUAAACACAAGCAUUCCUACUGUGUGAGAUUGUGGGGUAGACAGUUAAGCUGCAAAUGACUUGGUUUACGAGAAAUUUGUAUCUUUCAGGUGUUUCAGAAACAUUUACUCAACUUUAUGUACAUUUAAGAUUGAAACUCAGUUUGAAAAAAUAUAUCAAGUGUGUGGCUGUUCCUACUUUUCCUGUCCAGUCCUUGAAACACAAGCUGGUUUAAAUUGCAAAGAGAAAUUUCCAUUAAUGGAAUUCAAGAGAUUUUUUAAACUUAGUGUACAAUUAAAAACUGCCACCAAGGGGCGCUGUUUACACAGACUUAGGCAGCCUGUUUGCUUUAAUUGUCAAUUUACUCAGAAAUACUUGAAUAUGGGAUUUAUAUAACAGUCUCUACAGUCUAGUAGUCCUCACUGUGCACUUGAUGUUUAACAUUAAACAUUAUGAUGCCAGAUUUCAACCUGGGAUCCGAAUGGCUUACACUUGCAUAUUUUUAGUUAUCGUUAUCUAGCUGGGCUAGAGUUAUUCUCGCAUUAAUUUAUUUAAACUGAAUUAUUAAUAAAGUGUAGCUUCAAGCACCAAAUUAACAUCAUAUUUAUCGUCAUUUUAAAGCUAUUCCGUUUAUCUGCCACACAGUAUGACACUGAACCUGUUUAUUUGUUUUUCAAAUUAUAUUCUAUUGAAAGAAGAGGACACAAUAUUUAUGAAGGUUUUCUUAUUUUCAAUGAUGGAAAAUAUGUGGUUACAUCAGAUCUUUGUGUGUUUUGGAGUGUCUUGCAUGAGUGUUGUCUUUGCCGAGUUAAAUCAGCUUUGUGUGAUGUCAGCGAGUGCCCUCCUGUUAUUAGACAUUAAAUAGUCUUGUUAGCCGCUGUUUUCCUGUUUGUUUUGUGAUUCAAAAUAUGUCUGAGGUGGGUAUUAAAAAAAAGAAGGGCUUUAAAGUUUGAAUACCUAUCUUAUUGAACAAGAGUAAUAUAAUUUGAAUUGUUACAAAUGGAAUAAAACGUAUACAUUUACAAAA